GCGGCGGCCAAGAUGGCGGAAGGGGAAGACGGAGGGUGGUGGAGAAGCUGGCUGCAACAGAGCUACCAAACUGUUAAGGAGAAGUCCACAGAAGCACUGGAGUUCAUGAAGCGGGACCUGACAGAGUUCACCCAAGUAGUACAACAUGACACGGCCUGUACCAUCGCCGCCACGGCCAGCGUGGUCAAGGAGAAACUGGCCACGGAAGGCUCUUCGGGGGCGACGGAGAAAAUGAAGAAGGGCCUGUCUGACUUCCUCGGAGUCAUCUCGGACACCUUCGCCCCGUCGCCGGACAAGACCAUCGACUGUGACGUCAUCACCCUGAUGGGCACCCCUUCCGGGACAGCCGAGCCGUACGACAGCACCAAGGCCCGUCUCUACAGCCUGCAGUCGGACCCUGCCACCUAUUGUAACGAGCCAGACGGGCCCCCGGAGCUGUUCGAUUCUUGGCUCUCCCAGUUUGCCUUGGAGGAGAAGAAGGGUGAGAUCUCCGAGCUGCUGGCCAGCAGCCCCUCCGUCCGGGCUCUCUACACCAAGAUGGUCCCGGCAGCCGUGUCCCACUCCGAGUUCUGGCACCGCUACUUCUACAGAGUGCACCAACUGGAGCAGGAGGAAGCCCGGAGGGACGCCCUGAAGCAGCGGGCGGAGCAGAGCAUCCACACCGAGGAGCCGGGAUGGGAGGAAGAAGAGGAGGAAUUUCUGGGGGCAGCAUCCCCUUCACGCCUGAAUUUGAAGCCUCAGGCCGAGGAGAAGGAGUCAGCGGCAGCCCUGCCCGACACCACUGCGUUGUCUGGAGGAAAAUCUGGCCCACGGGGCUCUGCCCCGGAGAACCAGGGGGCUGUGGCGGCCCCUCCCGCCCCCACGGAGGUGACCCCGUCCGAGAGCAGCGAGAGCCUCUCCCUCGUGACCCAGAUCGCCAGCCCGGCCUGCAGGCCCGCCGCCCCGUCAGAGACCGCCCCGGCCCGGGCAGCGGCCCCGGACCUCUCCCAGAAGCUGCUGGAAGCCUCUUGCGAAGAGCCGAGCUCGCCCAAGCCUCCGGGAGGGCCUCGGCCGACCCCCGGGGACCCUCCGGAGCCCCUGGCUGGGCGCCUCGGCACCCUGAGGCCCAGAGAGGGCCCUGAGCCCCGGCCGGCAGGCCGGGUAGAGACUCUGAGAGAGGAGGCGCCGACGGACCUCCGGGCGUUUGAGCUCAACUCAGACAGCGGCAAGUCCACGCCUUCCAACAAUGGCAAGAAAGGCUCCAGCACUGAUAUCAGCGAGGACUGGGAAAAGGACUUCGAUUUGGAUAUGACAGAAGAAGAGGUACAGAUGGCCCUGUCCAAAGUGGAGGUGUCCGGAGAGCUGGAAGAUGAAGAAUGGGAGGACUGGGAGUGACGGAUCCCGGCGGACAGGGACCGGCCCUCGCAUGUGACCCGGGCUGAUCUCCACUCUCCCGGCGUGGCCCCGCGGGCGGCUUCGUGGACACCCUCCCGUCAGCCUCUCUGCCUGCCUAUCCGCUGAGGUGCUAGGACUUUCCCUCAGUAGAUCCAUCUCCAUCCCUUCCUUUCCCCCUCGCCCAUCCCAGGGAACAGGCCCCCGGCGGGGGAGGUGGCCUCCGCAGCCUGUCCCUGAGACCAGACUGUGAAACUUGUGCCAUGAGGUGGGGGCGGUCCCUCCCCCCGCCCGGGGCUGCCCUGUCCACCCCCACAGCGACAUCGGUCCAUUUGCCGCUUGUGUGUGUGGACGCCAACCUACCGCUGUUUAGAACCAGAUGUCCGCUUCCGAGCCAGGGACCCGAACUUCGGCUCUCC